UUUUCAUCCAGAUUUUCGCUUUGUGGAACAUACUAUCGUGCCGCAUUGUUGAAAAGUGUUGUGAGAGUUGUCGCGAGCUAUUGUUGAGUUAAAAAAGACACUAAACAGUUAAUUACAUUCUUAGUUUUCGUACAAGUUCAUUAUAAUGAGUUGUCGGCAUAGAAGGAAGAAGAGUGGUUCUUCAAGAAGCAGUAAAUCAGAAUCAGGAAACAGCAGCAGUUUUUUGGAAGACAUCAUUGAAGAUCAUUUUAUUGGUCCUAAAUACGAUGUUAAAAUAUCGAAAGUUAUGGGCAGGUAUAUUGUGGCUAGAAAAGAUAUACGUCCAGGAGAAAUAAUUAUAUCAGAACAACCACUGGUAGUAGGACCAUGUACCGACUGCAGAGUGCAAUGUUUGGGCUGUUACAAGAAUUUGGAAAGCGAAGAUAAAAUUUUCAAGUGUUCUGGUUGUGGAUGGCCUCUAUGUUCAAAAAAAUGUCCUGGCCGUAAACGUCAACAUGGUCACACUCAAAUAGAAUGCACCAUUUUGCAGGAAUGCAAGUCAGCUGCUUUUUUAAAUUACGACGACUUGCAAGAUGUUCGCGCAAAUUUCCAAGUUAUUGUGCCUCUCCGAUGUCUGAUUCUGAAAACUACUGACCCUAGUAGUUACGAUAUAUUGAUGGACAUGGAAAGUCACAACGAUAUAAGAAGAAACAUUCCUGAUCUGUGGGAUCUUAAUCAAACGAGAGUGGUUGAUAGAAUUAUAAAAGACUGGGGACUGACUGAAUUUACCGAAGAAGAGAUACACACAAUUUGUGGCAUAUUGGAGGUAAAUGCUUUCGAAAUUGGGCAGCAAGGAGUUAACAUAAGAGGACUAUAUCCUACCUCAUUUUUACUAUCACAUGAUUGCGUACCAAAUACAAAUCACACAGAUCACGAAGACACAUACCAGUUAACUAUCAGAGCCAGUACUGAUAUUCUGGAGGGUCAGCCUAUAACUCUAAGUUAUGCAUACACUCUUCAAAGUACCCAAAAAAGGAGAGAACAGUUAUUAGAAAAUAAGUUUUUCGAAUGCAGAUGUAAGAGAUGUUCUGAUCCUACCGAGCUAGGGACUUACGUAGGAGCUCUUCAUUGCCCAAAAUGUGAUAACGGUUUAGUUCUCUGUGAUAAUCCUUUGGACCUUGAAUCUCCUUGGAGCUGCACAAAUGUCAGAAAUGUAUGUCCAGGAUAUUCUUUAAGUGCACACUCUCAUAAAUUGCUAAUAAAUAGGAUAUCUAAUGAAGCGGAAUCAAUAGACAGUAACGACAUAGACGCUUUAGAACACUUUCUACAAAAGUACAGAAAUGUUCUUCAUUCAAGCCAUUACCUGUGUUUAGGAGUUAAGGUCACUCUGAGUCAGGUGUAUGGUAGAAUACCUGGAUAUUUAGUACAUGAAUUGAGUGAAAAACAACUAAUGAGGAAAAGAGAUAUUUGCUAUGAGAUAUUGAAAGUUUUUGAUGUAAUUGAGCCAGGAUUUACUAGAAUAAGAGGAGUAACUCUCUACGAAUUACAUGCUCCAUUAAUGAUCCUUCUCACACGACAAAUAGAAACACAACCUUUAUCAAAAUCUGAUGUCAAGUCUGCCCUAAAGAAACUACUUCGAUACUUAGUUGAAGCCAAGGUGAUCCUGUCAUAUGAACCGGAACAUUCAACUGAAGGAUUGAUGGGUGUAGCAGCUAAAGAUGCUCUGCUACAGAUCAAAAACUGGGAGAAGAUUGUUGGAAAGAUCAGAUAAAAUUUGGUGUUAUUAUUGUGUUCACGUGUGAUGUAUUAUUUAUAAAAAAUUGUAUUUAGGAUGUAGGAUUUUUAUAUGAUAUAUGUACCGGGUUAUUUGACAAAAGCUGAAUAAAGACAUGUUCUAUUUUUAA